AUGAGCUUGUGCUUGACGAGCGACGUUUCGUGGGUACUUGUACCCAAAUAUUUAGAACUGAUGUACAUGGCACGCAAUUUUAACAUAAAAGUCGAUCCGAGUGGAUUGUCUCCAGGCGUGCACACCACUACCGUGAGAGCUUAUGAUGUAAAAAACACAGCAAAAGGCCCGGUGUUCACCUUUGAAGUCACUGUUGUCCGGCCAGUGAAAACCGAUGAUUCCGGUUCAUUGUCUUAUGAAAACGUAAAUUUCAAUCCAAAUUCCCUAAUAAAAAGGAAUUUUGUGCUUGUGCCGAACAACGUAACUUGGGCCACUCUCCACAUAAAACAUCUUGACACCGACGUCAGUUCUAAUUUCUGCCUACAUACUGUUCAAUUAUUGCCUCAAAAAUCGUGCAAAUUCAUGGAGUAUUAUAAGAUGUUUAACUUGAAGUCUAAUGAAUUCCAAUCCCAUUUCGCAGUUGAGGAAAAUGUGGUAUUAGAGAUUGCGUUGGCAAAAUAUUGGCCGAGUUGUUCAAAUAUAAUACUAUCGUACAAAUUACAAUUCCAUGGUGUCAUACCUCAAUCGAAAAACAUAGCGAUGUAUCACGGAAUGGGCUUACAGUCGGUGAUGUUGAAGCCUGGUGUUAAGAAUGAAGAAAUCCAACCAUCUGUUUCUUUGAAACACCUUAUUACCGUUCUUAGACCAAAUGAAGGAAAAAUCACUGCUUUAACUUAUCGUGAUGUCAUUCCACCACAAAGACCAAUCUACCAAUUAAAUUUAUCUUAUGCCUUCUCUUUGCCAAAAUCCACUGAAGCUUAUGCAACUUGUGGUUUAUUUGGUGAACUUUUGUAUGAGAACGAAUACGAAUCCCAACUAUGGAUGUUGUUUGAUUCAAAUAAACAGUAUAUUGCUGCAGGCGAUGCAUAUUCUAGUAGACAUGUGUAUAAACUUGAUAAAGGUGAUUAUACUAUUAAAAUGCAUGUACGGCAUGAACGGAGAGAGUUAUUAGACAAAAUUAUUGACCUACCUAUACAAGUGGUUCAAAAAUUACAAAACCAAAUUAACUUAGAUGUGUACAAUAGUCAUCAUCAAGCUACAAUUUUUGGAAAAAAAUCUUCAUGUUUUAUUAUGACUCCUAAUGGUGCUUUGUGCAACCUGAAUAUCGGAUCACUUUCUAUUGAUAAAAUCAUUUCAUUGAAGUUAUUACCUGGACACUGUUUGACUGGAAAUAUAAUAUACGCUAAAGACGAAAAUGGAAAGAAAGUUGAUACCUACGAUUUCAAGUACUUCAUAACUGAUACAUUUAAACCAAAGAAUGGACUAAAACCGGUAGAAGAAAUUAAGACAAAGCUUGAGGAAUUCAAUGAAGCAAUGUGUGAAUCCAAAUUAAAUUGGUUAACAAAAUUAGAGUAUGGGGAAGAUUCCAGAAAGUUGUAUGACAGUUUAUGUGAAGAAUUUGGAGAUAAAAAUGCUUCUGUUCAUACAUCAUGGAUACAAUGUAUCGAACCAGAAGAUAAAAAAAGAUUCCCUUAUUUUGAAAUUCCUGACUUUGAUUUAGAAAAAGUAAAACUUAUAAUCGCUGCUGCCGAUCGGGCUCUAGCCAUUAUUGAUCAAGAUGAACUUCUUGCAUUUUAUGGAAUUAAGUCUGAUCAGAGACCUGAAGCUUCUAAACUUAAAAUAUCUAAUGACCGUUUAAAAAAUACUGUGGUUGAAGCACUAAGUCGCAAAGGUGCAGCAUUGUGCCAAUUGUACUAUUAUAACAAUGUGAUUACCAAAAUUACAAAUGAAAAUGACUUACAGGAAAUUGAUGACAUUUUGCUACAAGUUUCCUGUUUUAUUUCUCCAGAUUCUGAUUCUAAAAGCUUGAAUUAUUUUAAUAUUUGGCACGGAGCAGUGUAUCAAAAUUAUGGACGUAUGAUGAAAAUACUUUUGAGGAUGUUGGAGGAUAAAUAUAUUAAAGAUGUUGAAAGUUGCUUGUUGUGGACUGUGAAUGUUAAGUUUGGGGCUGAUGCCAGGCACUUAGCAUCUGCUAUGGUGAAUGCAUUAAUUGUUCACUAUCCAAAAACUUUCCGUCCAUUUUAA